AUGAAAGUUCCGGGGCAGCCGUCAGCCAGCCCGCCGGGCUCCUCGAGCCAGCAGCAUGCCCCCACUGCCCACGAGCUGUUGGACGUGGCCGUCUACGGGGACCAGCUGAACUUCCUCCCCCAACCCGGGCUCCCCCAGCCCCCUCACGGCCCUUCGAGAGCCCCCUCGGCUCCCUCCUCGGCCGGCUUCGGGCUCCCUGACUACGGCGGGCCGGGGGCCCACCCCUACCUGUGGCUCAACGCACCGCCGGCCCUCGGCCAGCCCUCGUACCUGGCCGGCUACGGCGGCCCUGGCCAGCGGCCCUUCCUGCCCACCUCGCCCGGCUUCGGGGCGUCCGCCGCCGAGCUCACCUGGCUCUCGCUGUCCAGCCAGCAGGAGCUCCUGAAGGUCAUGCGGCCACCGUACUCGUACUCGGCGCUGAUCGCCAUGGCCAUCGAGAACGCCCCGGACAAGAAGCUGACUCUGAGCCAGAUCUAUCAAUACGUGGAGGGCACCUUCCCCUUCUACAAGAAGAGCAAGGCCGGCUGGCAGAACUCCAUCCGCCACAACCUCUCACUCAACGACUGCUUCAAGAAGGUGCCCCGCCACGAAGAUGAUCCAGGGAAAGGAAAUUACUGGACCUUGGACCCAAACUGUGAGAAAAUGUUUGAUCAUGGAAACUUCCGGAGAAAGAGGAAAAGACGAGGGGACCCCAAUGGGACAGGGACACUGGGAGCUUUCUCUAAGUCUGAAGACAGUAGCUCUGGGACCCUCCAAAGCCCAGCAGAGAACCCCGGCCUCACUGACUCCACCUCCCCAGAGCUGCUCACCUCGCCCAGCUCUGGGCUCGAUUCUAAACCCUCCCUGCUAGCUAAAGAGCCCAGUCCCUGCUUCUCUGACUUUGCUUCCACCAUGGGGCCCCUGGCUAAUGCUUGUGGAGUGUUCCCCAGGCACCUUCCAGGAGCAGGAGGGGCACCCGUGGGAGACUUAGCACUGGGGAGGCAGGUGAGCUCUGGCCUCAGCUCCUACCCAGCUUGCUCUACCAUGGGGUAUGGCAUGCAACUUGGUCCCCAGGCUCAGUCCCAACCCAUGAAUGGUCAUGCCACUAGCUUUCAUAACUUCCAUGUCAACAACUUGAUCUAUGGCAAAGAAGGGAUGGAGGUUUAG